CAUUCAACAUUUUAUGUAUCAACUUGUACCCAUUAGAUAUCUUAGUAUCCGACAGAAAUAAACAUCUCUAAACCAAUAUGUUAGGCAUGUUGCUGCGAUUUCAUAGCGUCUUAAAAACAACCCUAUUACUAUAAAAAUAUCAAAGUAUGUUCAGUCUUCACUCCGACAAACUAUAAAAAUACAAAAUGCAAUGCGCAGUAUAUUUGUUCAUUGCUUGCGUUUUUUUUUUUGUGAAGUAAAUUCGCAAUCUAGAACUCAUGUCAGUAAAUGCACCAGAAACUAUGGAGAAUUACCUUUAAAUGUAAUUAUUGAGAAUUGUGACCAACAACCCUGCAAAAUCAGACAGAACUCUACUGCUAAGGUCCACGUGGAAUUUAUAGCACCCCAUUAUAUCCAAUCGAUGACAACUUUUGCGACUGCUUACGUAACGUUUUUCGGUUUUCCAAAGUCUAUAGAUUUGGGAGAUUAUAAAAACACGUGCAACUAUUUGGAAAAUAGCCAAUGUCCUAUCUAUGCGGGGGAAUUUGUUCACUUAAAUAUGGGAAUACAUGUGGAGGCUGGCGCCCCAGAGGGUUUAACACUACCGGUAGAAUUAUUUAUGGUCGACCAAGACAAUAAGCCUUUGGGAUGCAUAAGAGUUCAAAUCGAAAUAGUUAAAUCGAACAAGGAAUUGAAGUUAAGCAACAUCAAUGUAUUUUAAAUAUCAACUUUUCAAUUUAUAAUUUGAAUAUUAAUAAAAAAUACAGUGAU